AUGAGCACUCCUUUCACGCGCCGAAACGGUCGCAAGGCCGCCUGUGAGGCCUGUCGAAGGCGGAAAUUAGCAUGCGACCACAGUUACCCCACGUGCCAGCGAUGCCAAAAGCUCUCGAUGAAAUGCGUCUAUUUUGAGCGUUCCGUGGCAGACACAGGAGUAGAUAAGAUUACCAAAGACGUAGGACAGUCAGCCGGCCCGUCCAGGGACCGAGUCCAUGCGCCAUAUGCGUCGGAGAAUCGGCGGGUUCCACAACAGACCACACCCGUGAUCGACAGCCCGACGGAGUAUCUGGGUCCGACAAGCUUUACCUCAGUUUUCAUGGAGCAUGGUGAUCGGUUUGAGUUGGAGAAUACAGUCAGUGCAUUGGGGAGUCAGGCGGACCGUGUUACUGAUCCUGAUUUGCGUUCGAUCCCGCAACCGAACUCUGAUGUGGACAGGCAGCGGCUGCAGCUCGGUGCCGAAAUUCUACAACAGAUACCCGGGGAGCGGGAUUGUCCGAGUCUAUUCUCGAGGCAUGUCAACCCAAAUGAUGGCUGGAUUCGGCUAGCCGCCCAUCACUCGUCAGAAAGGAUGUGGAAUGCAUUCCGCCCGGCCCUAACACGACGGUCGAGAGACGACUUGCUGACUCUCGCUGCUCAUAUUUCAGCAAAUAGCAAGCCAACAUUGAAGGGGGAGCAAGAUCCGCAAGCUUGGCUGGCAUCAUUUACAGGGAGGCAGAUGCGGUGGGAAACCCUCGGUAUCUUGUACACCUACUGGGCGUUCGGAGCGAUAUCCUCGUCCCCGGAGAGCGAGGCCGUCUCCCGAUACUGUCAGCAGCAUCCAUCUGUCAUUGGACCGAAACGGUUGAUGGCCCACCUAAAGCAUUCUGCGUCCUUGUGCAUUGAUCUGUGCCGGCAGCUUGGCUCAGUCAACGCCUUGUUUGUGUAUCUGCUCUACAAGCACAAUAUCUUAGAAGGUAUCCUGAACGGUGACAAAAGUCUCUCAUGCUGGAUGCAGCAUGGCGAGCUCGUUGCUGUUGCCACGUCCAUAGGAUUACAUCGAGAGCUGACAGCUGCAUCAAAACAGCCGACACUACAGCACGAGAUGAAAAGGAGAGUUUUCGCCGCAGUCUUCAACAUCGACAAGGUCAUAUCAACUUUCACUGGCAGACCGCCAAUGCUGAGUCAGGCCUGUUCAUCGACUUCUCUUCCAUUGGACUUGAGCGAUGAGGCGCUAUUGUCGGGCGAUCCUCUGGCUGCAGCCGCUGAGCUGGACUUGAAUGGAUGGAACAAGUACGGCCGAAUUCACUCCACGACGAUUCUGCGGUCCCGUACAAUGUUCGCUCGGAUCCGACAUGAGAUACUGGAGCUUGUGCAAGCCUCGCUGGAUGUCCCCUCGGAACAGUUGGUAGAACGCGCCAUGAGGUUGAAGCAGAGCACACAUGAUACGUACAUGCAGCUACCGGAGUCGAUCAUAUUCUCGUCGAGUAAGGUAGACAGUGGAGACAUUCCAGGGUAUGAUCUCUACGCACAAAUACUCACCAAACUCGAGUCACUGCUCAAUUUGUUCCUGCUGGAACGCCUCUUGACACGCUAUAAGACAAAAACCACCCGGGACCUAGUCAACGCAAUGUCGUACGCUGUUCCCCCUAGUGGAAUCCUCUGCCUCGAGCUGCUGCGACCAGAAUAUAUCCUACACUUCCCACGCUCGGACAUUAUCCAGAACCUUAGUUUGCUUGUUGCGUACCUCGAAUGGAUCCAGCCGUUGGCAUCUAGCGGAGAUACGGUUUCGUUUAUUCGGAGGAUCCUUGGUCGGUGUCUGGAUCGUAUUCUUAAUGUGCCACCUGUUCUGGGUUCCCACCAACCUAGUCCCGAUGCCCUCCUUGAGGGACAAUUCUGGGAAGAGAGUGCUGUUACUGGUUAUCCACACCUUGAACUUUUGAACACCUUUGACUGGAUUGACUGGGAUGGAGCCUAG